UACCCAGAAAGUUUAAGAAUUUGAAGUCCCGGAAUGCCCUCUCCGACGACAUAACUGAUGGCUUCAGGGAAAGUGCAGUCAUUCGAUUUCUCGAGAAAAUGCAAACUAUCGUCUAUAGGAUUCUCAUUAGUAUUUUAUUAAUAACGACUAUCGCGUGCACAAAACCGAACCUGAAGAGUGCAUCGAUCCCCGAAAAGCCGGAGAAGCUGAGCUCCAAGAAUCGACAUGGUCGCACUACCUUCGUCAAAGCGAUUGUCUCCAAUCCAAACCUCUCGCCAACUCAUAUAUUAGCUGAAAAAUUAGCGAAGGAAGCGUUGAGGUCCACGAGGACACAGCAGACCCUGAAGAAACUGACGGAAAUUAGAGUCCCGGUGGAUAAACGUAGCAUAGAACGGAAUGAUCACCAGAGACACCACCACAAGAAACGAAAACGAAAGAAACAUAGACACAGGUCUGGAGAUCGACAUCAUCAUCAUCACCAUAGGAAUGCACGGAGACGUCGACUGGGAACACAGGUUUCAGGGAAUCUCGAUGGAACGAACGGAAGAGCUGAUUUAACACCGAAGAAAAUUCAAGUAAAACGUAAUGACAUCGACUGCAUUAUCACCAGGCUGACUUUUUUCAAUCCAAUGGAACAACCCUUGCCAAUAUCUGACACGUUUCAUCCAGACCAAAAUUAUGUGAGGAUAUCUCGGCAGGUGUCAAAUCAAUUGGGCAAAUCAAGCGUUAGAAACCGUCAAGGACGUGUAAGCAAUGAUUUCGAUAAAAAUUCAGGAUUCAAUCAGGAUAUGUAUCUACACCCAGGUCCCUCGAUAAACCCAGGAUCACAAUUCUCCAAUAUCGAUGUAAAUUCUCUGAUGUAUCCUCGGAAUUACAACCAGCUUCAAUUUCCUAUGUUUGCGAAUGGCUUCUAUCCCCCCGAGAGACAACCAAAUUACUUCCCACAAAUUGAAGCGGGACAGAAGGGAUUUCCUGUCAGCACACGAGCUGCUCGUGUCACUAAACAUGACGCAACGAAUGGAAAUUCCACAACGAAUUGCACAACAUCGAAUUCAGAAAUAAGUUCCGGGGGACGAAAAGUUGAAGAACAGGGGAACAACGUGGAACACAAUGUUUUGCCGGCUUCGAGUCAUCCAGGAGAAGCCCUGGCAUCGCAAUCUCAAGUCAAUGUCACGGGGGUGGAAACUAAACAAGUUGCUAAUGAGAUUCUGAAUGAAAUUAUUGAGGAAUUGGAGGAUUUGAAAGUUGAUCAUAACAUGAAUAAUCCCAGAGAAGGUUUACCCUGCAAAGUAACGGGGUCGUGGACAACAACUCAAGCAGGAGUAGAUUUGAAAAUUACGGUUAUCAAUCAAACUCUAGUUGUGACACUGGAGAAGAUGAAUCCUGUAAUGAAACUCCAUAAUGGUAUUUUGAAUACCACAUGGAAUGUGACUGGUCAUGUGCCUGUAAAGCGGGGAGCACCCUUUGCCAUUGUUGCAACUAAUGUUUAUGUAAAAUCAUUGGCGACGUUCAUUGGUGCAUGUAGAAUUUGCCAGGGAGUAGACACUAUUGAAGGAGUAUGGUCUGUAAUUAAAGAGCCCCGCGGUUGUCGAGAUCUCCAAGCUUCCACAAGUGCUUACAACGACGUAUUUCGGAGAGUUAUCCCGACUCCAAAAACCAAAAAGAAGAAAAACGUGACUACAAGAUAG